AUGGCUUAUUUAACUCAGCCUGACUAUGUUAAGUAUGUCUGCUCCUGUGGUCAGCUAAAACCUAUUACGAACUUAUAUUUUUGCCGACACUGCUUGCAAAUACGAUGCGCCUUCUGCAUUUGUCAUGAGGUAGACUCGCACUACUGUGCCAACUGCCUGGAGAACAUGCCAUCAUCAGAAGCAAGGCUUAAAAAGAACCGUUGCAGCAGUUGUUUCGAUUGUCCAAGUUGCUUUCACACACUUUCAACAAGGGCUACACUGGCUCAACCUCGUCAGUCUACAGAACAAGGCUCUGGGGAUACAAAGGUAGAAAAUAAACAACCCAAGAAAAUGUAUUACUUGUCUUGCUUUAAUUGUCGGUGGACUUCAAGGGAUGUUGGUAUACCUGAUCAACCAGUAGCAUCUGGUGGCUGGCCAGAAAGGGCUAAUCCAUAUGCAACUCGUGUCAAUCAGCUUCUAGAUUACUAUAAAGCUAUAGCACAACAAGAGAAGCAAGAAAAGUUGGAUAGAGAGCGGAAGAAGUUUGCAAUUAGAGGAAAAUACAUUACAUUGACUGACAAAACCGGUCUGACUGGAGCAAUGGCGAGGAACAUCGCUGGUUUACCUUCCAGUGAGAGCUCUUCUUCAGCCAUCGCCAGCUUCACACCCAGUCAAGCCUCUGAAGAAGUUGAAGAAUUACCAGAGGAGUUUUACACCAAGGAGCUUAAUUUAAAUCAAAUCACAAGUAUGCCGCAGCGACUGGCCUCCCCCGAGUGGCAACCGACACACGUAUCACGUCUACACCCUAUUGCAAAACUGCUAAGUGUGAAGCGCAGCCAGCGGUGUCGAGUCUGUGAUCAUAAUCUCACCAAACCCGAAUACAACCCUGGCUCUAUCAAGUUCAAAAUAGAGCUGCUUGCUUUCUACCAUGUUCCAGAAGUUAAGAUAAUUUCCUACGAGCCGAUCAAACCAGGCUGCACAUCAGCCUUGCUUUUGAAGCUGACCAAUCCAACAGGUCAUGAAAUGCAAAUACGUUUAAUGCAGCCGGAAGAUAUACCAGAGCCUGAAGAGAGGGUAGAUGAACCAAAAAGCAUCGAGAAAUCUCUGGAAAAAUCACUAAAUUUAGAAAAGGACACGUCCUGGUACGAGACGGUAAAACGGAAACCCAUUUUAUUGACCGAAUGUCGCAUCACGAUACCGGAUGUGACGCUGACGUUGGCUCAGCGCGACGAUGCAGCCGAAUACGACGACGAUGCCACACACGACGCCAACGACAUAAUACUGUGGCGCAAGUCGAACAAACUAGCGCUGCGGCUGCAGGUGGUGACGAGCGGAGAGGCGCAAGCGGGCGCGGCGGCGGGGGCGGUGCUGGCGCUGCAGUACCGCUACCGCAACGCCGUGCCGCCCGCCGCGCAGCCGCCGCGCGACCACACGCUGCACGCCGCGCUGCGCCUGCACCUGGGCCCCGUGUGCGGCUAG